GUGAGCCGAGGUAAGAACACACAAGGAAGAGACGUCCUGCUCUCCUCCUCAGUUCAAAUCAACAAGCGGGACAAGCGGCUAACUGUUAGCUGGACUAGUUAAACUUUAUGAACAUGGAGUUUGACGACAGCCUCUUAUUGAACCGGACCCACGGUGAGAAGCUGGAGGCAGAACACCGACAGAGGAUGACUCUACACUGUCAGCAGUGUAACACCGUGCUGGGAGACUCCCUCGGUGUCUGUGGGGAGGUUAAAUUCAUGGACUCUAUCGUGUGUCUGAGAGUAACAGAUGAUGUGGUCAUCAGUGAUUCAAUGGACACAGGACAUAAAGGAGAUAUGGCUAAUUGCAUCUACAGCUCUCUAAAAUGCCGCGUCUGCUGCUGUUCUGUGGGGAAAGUUAUUCAUUCAGCCCCGUCGCGUUUGGCCGCGGUUCGCUCCAUGUUUCUCUUCUACAAAGCAAACAUCAGUUGUUACAUCCUCAACCGCAGCUCAAUGGUGAAAGCAUCCACACUCACAUUUGAUAUAAAGCCCCUCAGAGACAACAUGAAUAAGGUGAGACAGAAGUUUGAGGCCCAGUUGGAUCACAUGUCACGCACUAAGAACAGACUGGUCGACAGGAGCGUCACCAGCAAAAUGGUCAAGUAGUGUGCACAGGCAAUCUCGACUGUACAGAGAGAACUGUGUGUUCUCUAAUCUAUUCUCCAAUCCCUCUUGUAGACUUGUUUGUCUUGUAAGGUUUUUUUUCUGUUUUGUGUUUCCAUUAAACAUUUUUCGAUGAUGCA